UGCAUCUAGGCGGCUUUUUCCCUCUAGACUCAAGAGUGCCCUACCCAGAUCCUGAAUAAUGCAACCACGCCCGUGAAGUUUUUUCUUAUAAAUUACAUUUUUCUGAUUCACUGCAAGUAUUUAAUGAACAUUUCAAAUUUCAAAUAGACAUGGCAAGAAGUGUUACAAGGCAAUAUUGUCAAAUUGUAAGAAACAAUAAAAUACAAUUUACAAUGAAUCUCGUUCUUUCAUCCACAGUGUAGUAGUAGUGACACAAUUCGUUUAUUGAUUCAGAUGUGGGUAACGCAUUCAUAAAGAAUGUUUCGUUUUAUACUUGGUGCUUAGUGUCAUCGAUGAAAAAGAUAUUAUAAAAAUUGUAUUAUAUUCUUAUACAAUUUACAAUGAUACUCUUGUCGUUACUUUUUUAUUUUUGCGCGCAUGUACUUAGUCAAAAAUACGAGGGUUGUUUUCAAAGUUCCGUCUUAGAUCCCGAUUUACCAACCCUAAUAUUAAGUCACGCUAGCAUACCAGCGGAAUGUAUCAAAGAAUGUCGAUCACGUUACUAUAUGUAUGCUGGAUUAAUGAAUGGUCAACAAUGUUUUUGCGGUAGUAAUUAUGGAAGACAUGGUAUAUCUACCUCUUGUGCCCUUCCUUGCACCGCGGAUCCAAAUAAUUAUUGUGGUAGUGAAGAUGCAAUGAGUAUAUAUUCCACAGGACAGAAAGGUCCUAGCCCACCAAGGAGUAUACAGAUAGUUCGCAGUAAACCUACUAACUUAAAAAUUACAUGGGAACCACCAGAUAUAUCUAAUGGAAAUAUUACAUUUUAUACAUUAAAGGCAUCGGUUAUUCAAACACAUGCUUCUGAUUUGUUACCAACAAUAGAAAGUCAAGUGCAAGGCGAAGCUUCAAACACCACUAUUUUGCAAGGCUUACAACCUGGGACUAAGUAUAAUGUAUCUAUUGUUGCUAAAAAUACUCAAGGAAGUAGUGAGCCUGCUUAUGUUUCAGGGUGGACACUAAUAGCUCCACCUAAUAAACCUGCUAUUCCAAAAGUGAUAGGACAAACAAGCACUACAAUGACUGUAUUACUCUCAGAAGGGAGUAGUGAUUAUGGGCCUAUUAGUGCAUAUCAAGUAUUUGUUGUUCAGCCUAGUGUAAUACCUCCAUCAGGACCAAACAUUACAUACUAUAAUUAUGAAAAAUCAAUACAGCGAGGGCUAGGAUAUUAUAUCACAGGAGAAUUUAUAUCCUCUGACUUUUAUAAAUACAAAAAGUUUAUAGUCGGAGAUGGUAAAAUGAUUGGGAGUUAUUAUAAUGCACCUUUGAAUACUCAGAUUGUUCCACGAUUAGGCCUAGCGGUAGUUUCUAGAUUUCAAAGGGAAGAACAAUUUGCUUAUUCUGAUCUACUCACUAAUAUGAAAAAUUAUAGCGUGAAUGCGAAUAAUGAAAUGGAUGCCAUAACAAUUGUUCUUUGUGUUGCAAUUGGAGUUCUAGGAGCACUCUUAAUAGCUUCAGUAGUAUUAUAUUUCGCUUUACGGAGACGCCAUGAAAAAUUUCGAAUGACAAAACUUCCAGAGCAACAAGAACUUACACUGCAAGGACCACUAUAUGAAGUUGAGAAUAUAGCAUACAUUCCAGAUGAUGUACCUGAAAGAGUUAAUCAUUAUCAAGAAUUAAAAGAUAAAGUAUGGGCUAUACCACAAAAUGUAUUAACAAUUAAUAACACUGUAAUACAUAGAGGACGAUUUGGUACUAUCCACACAGGUACAGUCGAGAAAGACGGUACAACUUCUACAGUAGCUAUUCAUAAUAUAGCAGACAAAUUAUUAAAAUCAUCCGAUAAAAGAAGAAUGUUAAGAGAUUUAGAUAUUUGUAUUAGAGCCUCUCCAAUGAAAUACCUUGCAGAUCUUGUAGGAACUUGUGAAACACAAGAUACUUUGUAUGUUGUACUUGAAUUACCACUUCAGACUUUGAAGAAUAGAUUGAUAGCUGCAAGAUCUGGAAAUAUAUUUCCAGUUAAUCAGAUACUGCCUAUGGGAUCCAUGAUAGCAUCAGCUUUGCAACAUCUUGAAAAUUGUAAAAUUGUACAUGAUCACCUAUGUGCACGAAGCAUAGGUAUUUGCAAUGAUUGGACACCUAAAGUCAUGGGUCAUGGCAUUUCGAAAUAUGCAUUGGAAGAAAUUAAGUACACUCGAUGGACAGCUGUUGAAAGUCUUGGUAAUAAAAAGAAACACAUUCCGGGUGUUGUUUGGGCUUUUGGUGUGCUUUUAUGGGAAAUGCUCAGCAUGGGUGGCACACCAUAUUCUAAUUUUACACUUGACAGUGAAGUAGAAGAAGCAAUUGAACAAGGAUCUAGAUUACCUCAAUUAAUAGAUACUCCUGAUCCACUUUACGAAGUUAUGUCAUCUUGCUGGCACACGGACAGUCGAGAAAGACCAACAUUUUCAGAACUUAUAAGAUUGGACACUUUAAGUAUUUGUCCAAUCACUUCAAUUACAGAACCGUAUAUUCCAGAAUUAGAAGUAUACCAACUUCAACAAUGAGCAAAAGCUCAUAUUUUUAUAAUAUUUACGUAAUAUUUAUUAAGUGUUGUACAUAGUCAUAUAUUUAAAGUACUCUUAAACAUUA